AUGGGUCUAAAUGAUUAUUGCCUGAUAGCACUUACUCCCAUUGUGAUGAAAUGUCUUGAGAGGCUGAUGAAGGACUACAUUGUUUCCAGACUCCGUCCUUUGUUUGAUCCACUUCAGUUUGCUUUUCAGCAGAAUCGCUCUGUGGAGGAUGCAAUCUCCUCUGUUCUUCACACAAGUCUGGUACAUCUUGCGGAGAAGAAGAGUUAUGUGCGAUUACUGUUUGUAGAUUUCGGCUCAGCAUUCAAUACAAUUGUUCCCCAGCAUUUGGUGGACAAAUUGGGUUCUCUUGGCUUCAGUACUCCUCUGGGCUGCUGGAAUCCUGUCACUGGUCUCAAUGGGUCACUAACAGACAGAAGGCUGGAAAAUAACAUGCGGGGAGUAGUUCUUCGUGUAGUGACUGUGUUGGAGGAACCAUUUGUGAUGGUGUCAGAAAAUGUUUUGGGCAAACCAAAGAAAUAUCAGGGCUUCUCAAUUGAUGUCUUGGAAUCCUUAUCUACUUACCUCGGCUUCACAUAUGAAAUUUAUGUUGCACCAGAUCAGAAAUAUGGACUCCCACUGGAGAAUGGGACUUGGAAUGGACUGAUAGGAGAACUAGUAUUAAAGAGAGCUGAUAUAGGCAUUUCUGCAUUAACUAUUACACCAGACCGGGAAAAUGUAGUUGAUUUUACAACUCGCUACAUGGACUACUCAGUGGGAGUGUUGCUACAAAAGGCUGAAAAGACCAUGGAUAUGUUUGCUUGUUUGGCACCAUUUGACCUCUCCCUCUGGGCUUGCAUAGCUGGCACAGUGCUACUUGUAGGACUCUUGGUAUAUCUUCUCAACUGGCUAAAUCCUCCACGGCUUCAAAUGGGAUCAAUGACUUCAACAACACUCUACAACUCCAUGUGGUUUGUCUAUGGCUCCUUCGUGCAGCAAGGAGGAGAAGUUCCCUAUACCACACUGGCAACUCGAAUGAUGAUGGGUGCCUGGUGGCUGUUUGCCCUGAUCGUCAUCUCAUCCUACACUGCAAAUCUAGCGGCUUUUCUCACCAUCACUCGCAUUGAGAACUCCAUCCAGUCUCUUCAAGAUCUCUCCAGGCAGACAGAUAUUCCUUAUGGCACCGUUUUGGAUUCUGCAGUCUAUGAACAUGUACGGGUGAAAGGGAUGAAUCCCUUUGAGAAGAACAACAUGUAUUCCAAGUUGUGGCAAAUGAUUAACCGAAGUAAUGGGUCUGAGAAUAAUGUGCAAGAAUCCCAAAUAGGCAUUCAUAAGGUCAAAUAUGGAAAUUAUGCCUUUGUUUGGGAUGCAGCGGUUUUGGAAUAUGUUGCUCUGAAUGAUCCAGAUUGUUCCUUCUAUACUGUUGGAAAUACUAUUGCAGAUCGAGGAUAUGGAAUUGCUCUUCAACAUGGAAGCCCCUACAGAGACGUCUUCUCACAAAGGAUUCUAGAACUUCAGCAGAAUGGACACAUGGAUCUACUGAAGCAUAAGUGGUGGCCAAAGAAUGCCCAGUGUGAUCUUCACUCUUCUGUGGACCCCAAAUAUAAAGGGGGAGCCUUGGACAUAAAAAGCUUUGCAGGUGUAUUUUGCAUACUGGCAGCUGGGAUAGUUCUCUCCUGUUUAAUUGCCAUGUUGGAAACAUGGUGGAAUAAAAGAAAAGGCUCACGGGUUCCUUCAAAAGAGGAUGACAAAGAAAUUGAUCUAGAGCAUCUCCACAGACGUGUGAACAGCCUCUGCACAGAUGAUGAGAGCCCCCAUAAACAGUUUUCCACUUCAUCCAUUGACUUGACUCCCCUGGACAUUGACACUUUGCCCACGCGUCAAGCACUAGAGCAAAUCAGUGACUUCAGGAACACUCACAUCACUACCACAACCUUCAUACCAGAGCAGAUCCAGACUCUUAGUCGCACACUUUCAGCUAAAGCUGCUUCUGGAUUCUCUUUCGGCAGUGUGCCUGAACACCGGACUGGCCCUUUCAGGCACAGGGCUCCAAAUGGGGGCUUUUUCAGAAGUCCUAUCAAAACAAUGUCUUCGAUUCCAUAUCAACCAACUCCAACUUUAGGGCUUAACAUCGGUAACGAUCCAGACCGAGGCACAUCCAUAUAA